AAAAUAACUUUGAGGGUUUAUGCAUGAUUUAGGGUUUAAGAGUCUUGUCUGAAAGACAAACACGGUUAUUGCUUUCCCGCUCUUUGACCAGAACACACAGAGAAGGAAGCUCAGAUUAUGGCGAUAAACGACAACAUUGCCACCGUUUCUCUAAUUAAUUCUCUAUGUAAUAGCUUCCGCCAAGUACCUCCGGCUGCUGUUCCGGCAGUUCUGGAUUGUGUUCUUGCUUCUACUGGGUUAUCUCCGUCGUCUCUUUUCGCUGCUCUUAUUGACAAUUCUCCAGAUAUCGAUAAGGACGAAAAAAAUGGCGACAACUUGGAUUUUGAUCAGUGUAACUACCUGGCUUCGUUUGUCAGCGCGCUUUGCCACCUUCUAAAGAAACUUGGCUCUGAUCACAAUGCCUUAAAGGUAUUCAUCUGGAGGAGUUUCCUUCCAUUGGUUAAUGCCCUACAUAGUUUCAACCGUGAAUUGCUUAACCAGGUUGUAGAAACAUUUGUUUAUAUUGUGGUUGAGACAAACAGCUGGAUGGUUGUACAGGCAGACUUGGUUCCAUUUUUAUUAAGAUCACUAUAUCAUUCUUUGCAUAUACUUCAAAAUGAAGAAUUAGAAAACAUGGAGUGGGAUUUGUUCCCUAGCUAUGUUUUGAGUUGUUUAGGGCUGGAUAAAGAGCGAAUUUGGCAUCCGAAUCGGUCAAUUCCACCGCCUAUUUCAUGUUACAUUCUUUCUGUAAUGCUUGAUGCUGCACUUUCAAACCAGCAAACAGCUGUAACGUCAGAACUAGGGGUGGCAAAUGAGUGUGUUGAUGCUUUACAUUUUGCUGGUAAUUUGAUUUGGAGUCUUUGUAGCAUGGCUGAACAUAUGCUUUCACAAAGUUUGGAGCAUCGCGCUUGCACCAUUAGCUUUCUUCUCCCUAUUGUUUCCAAAGCAUUUGCCUCUUACCACUCCUUUGAAGUUGUGAUUCAAGGCAAGAAGCUUUUGUUUUCCCGGAAUGAUUUCUUUGUGAAAAUUUGGAAAUGCUGUAGAACACUAUUUUCUCUUGGACCUAUAGAGAGAAGAGAUGCCUAUAGUGUACUGUCUCUGUAUUUGUCUUUCUUGCCUUGUACAGACAAAUUGGAAGAUGGUGACAUCAGGAGUGAUAAAGGCGAAGUAUUGGAUAUAAGAGCUGAAGAAGACUUUUGGAAUGAAAUCAAAAGAGGCUUGGUUGAUAAAGAGAGCUUUGUGAGGAAGCAGUCAUUACAUAUGCUCAAGAAAGCAGUGGGAAUGAACAAUAGCAGCCAGUCCUCCAGUGUUUCAGAGAUUACAUCACAUAACAAACAAUCAGCACCACAGGGCAUGACAAAGAGAGAGCUGUGGGCUGAAAUGGAAGCACAGUCAUUGGGUCUAGGGAGAAUUCAUAAUUCAGUUGAACCGGAUUUAAACAGUCAGCAGAAGUGGGAGGCGUUUGUCCUACUAUAUGAAAUGCUUGAAGAGUAUGGUACUCACUUGGUUGAAGCAGCUUGGAAUCAUCAGGUAUCCUUGUUGCUCCAAUCUUCUACCUCUCAUGUAGAUUUUGCAAGCACUAAUGGAGGAAAAAAUGAAAACCAUCUUGAAAUUUCAGGUGAAAUCUGUAAAUGGUUAGCGAUUUUGUGGGAACGAGGACUCCAACAUGAUAAUCCACAAGUUAGGUGCUUGAUCAUGCAGUCAAUUUUAAGCAUUAAAUGGAGGGAUAAUGGAAAUUCUGCAAACUCAGUGCCUGAAACUUUUAUUCUUGGCUCAUUCCUACAAGCAUUGAAUGAUCCUGUGCACCACAAGGAGUUUGGUGUAAAAGGAGUGUACUCAUCAAAGACAAUGGAAGGUGCUGCUGAGUUCUUAAGCCAAUAUGCUAGCUGCCUUAGUUCAAGGAAAUGGAUUGUUUUCCUGAUCAAUUUAGCAUCUGCGACAAAGCAGCAGUCAUUUAGUAGAGCUGGGUUGAUGGGCCUUGCUGAAUGCAUUGCUGCAGUUGCUAGCAGAGUUACACAUGAUAAUGAAAGUGAAGCAGAAAGAGAUGAUAUGUUUGCUGAAAUGGCACAUCUGGAAUGUAACUCGGAGAGUUUUCUUCAAAAUGACAAAAUUGUUUUACUGAAUGCUUUGCGGUUUACCAUUGAAAGCAGCAAACAACACUUCAAUCCUAAUUAUCGCCUUCGAGUUUGUGAGAAAGUCCUUGAAGCUGGUGCUUCUGUUGUGUGUACAUUUGACGUGCCUCUUGAAAUACUAUUGCACUUUAUUUCAACUGUGCCACGAGAUUUUACUGAUUAUGGUGGCUCUUUAAGAGUCAAAGUACAAGAAUGGCUUAUGGGGUGCAGAAGGAAGCAUUGCAGAGUCAACUGUUCCAGUACUGAGUUUAAGUUUCUGAAGAGCCUCCAUGACUUCCCCAGCAGGUUUACAAGUCCUCACUAUAAAAAUAAUUCAUUUUCUACUUAUGGCGAUGAAGACUUAGAUGCAUGGGAAUCUGAAGCAAAGAGAUGGGCAAGGGUACUUUUUCUAGCAAUCAAGGAGGAGUGUCAUUUGAUGCCCAUAUGGAUGUUUAUUCAAAAUCAUGGUACUAAUAUCUGCAGUCAAAAUGAAAAUUUGGAGUAUCUACCUAUUAAGUUUCUCAUCCUUACCUUGAGCUUGGUUCUGGAGCUUCAGAUAAUGCAAGACAGGACUACUGAAUUUGGAAUCAAGUUUAGAACCAGAGCAGAAUUUUUUUCACGCGAGACAAUUAAUAAGCUGGGUUAUGCAGAGUCUGCUGCUUUAUAUAAGAAGUUUACCAAUGUUUUCCAUUCUAUCAUGGAAGAGUUGGUCUCAUAUGCAACCUUGUCUUCUUCAAUAUUCUCUUCUAGCAUUAAGAUGGAGAGUAACAUCCCCAGUUCUGUGAAAGGAAAACUUGGGGGCCCAAGUCAACGCCGAUUAUCAUCUUCCACUACCACUGUGGUGCUUCAAGCUAUAACAUCCAUGAAGACUGUUGCACUUGUAUCAUCCUGGUGUGCACAGUUUGAAAGUGAUUAUCCUUUAGAUUUUGCUUUCAAGUUUUUAUGGAGUUUCUUUCAGAGCACUAUUUCAUCUCCAGCUUGUGAUUCAGAGACUGGAGCAGAAAUUUGUCUUGCAGCAUAUGAAGCAUUAACUUUUGCCCUCAGAGCUUUAGUGUCUGUGUUUUCCACUCAAACUUUGGAUUUUAUCAGAGAAAAUGACAAGUUGCUGUCAAAAUUAGAUGGCAAAGCUAUGCUCAAUUUUUUGGUUCUUUCUUUUCUUGAGAAUAUCAAUGAUCUUAUCGGUGUUGGAGUUUUGGUGCGAACAAGACGUGCAGUUCUAAUGAAUUGGAAGUGGCUUUGCCUAGAAUCUUUGUUAUCUAUUCCUGGCUAUGCUAUUAAGCAUGGGCUUAAUAUAGAGGACAUCAAGCCUUUGUUCUCGGAUGCUGCUCUGAGACGGAUUUUUAAUGAUAUUGUUGAAAACCUUGAAAAUGCAGGCGAAGGUUCCGUUUUACCUAUACUGAGAUCAGUAAGAUUAGCUUUGGGCCUCCUUGCAGAAGGAAAGUCAGGUCCACUUGUCUCCUCUUGCAAUGGAAUUGAAGCUCAGAUGAUUUGGAAUUUGGUUCGCUCUUCCUGGAUACUGCAUGUCAGCUGCAACAAGCGUAAGGUUGCACCCAUUGCUGCACUCUUAUCUUCUGUUCUGCAUUCCGCCCUGUUUACUGAUGAAAGCAUGCAUAUGUCUGAGAAUGCAUCUGGACCUCUCAAGUGGUUCAUUGAAAAAAUUCUUGAGGAAGGUACAAAAAGCCCUCGUACAAUUCGUCUUGCAGCACUACACUUAUCAGGAAUGUGGUUGUCAAACCCGGAGUUUAUAAAGUACUACAUGAAGGACUUGAAACUUCUCUCACUCUAUGGUUCUGUUGCAUUUGAUGAGGAUUUUGAAGCUGAGAUAGCUGAUAAUCAUGAUACAAGGAUUGAACUCUCCUUGUUGGCAAAAAGCCCUGAUUCUGAACUGACUGAGGCUUUUAUCAACACCGAGUUGUAUGCACGGGUGUCUGUUGCUGUAUUGUUUUCCAAAUUAGCUGAUUCAGCUGAGAUGGUUGGAUUGGGAAAAGAAAAUGAAGAUGGGCUUGCUGCUUUGGAAUCUGGAAAAUUGUUUCUGCUUGAGCUUCUUGAUGCUGCGGUAAAUGACAAUGACCUUUCAAAAGAGUUGUAUAAGAAGUACAGCGCUAUUCAUAGACGUAAAAUACGCGCCUGGCAAAUGAUAUGUGUUUUGUCACGUUUUGUUUGUCAAGAUAUUGUUGGGCAAGUCACAAAUUACUUGCAUAUAUCCCUCACCAGAAACAACUUACCUGCAGUUCGCCAGUACUUGGAGACAUUUGCCAUUAACAUAUAUUUGAAGUUCCCAUUGUUGGUUGAAGAGCAAAUAGUCCCUGUAUUACGGAAUUACGACAUGAGACCACAGGCGCUGUCUUCUUAUAUAUUUAUAGCAGCAAAUGUCAUCAUCCACGCAUCUGAAGCUGUUCAGUCCAAGCAUUUGGACAUAUUACUUCCUCCCAUAGUUCCAUUGUUAACCUCACAUCACCAUAGCUUACGUGGUUUCACCCAGUUACUAGUAUACCAAGUUCUUUUCAAAUUCUUUCCCGCAGCUGAUUUAAAAGCUACUGUAACCAUGCCUCUAGAAAAGAGGUGCUUUGAGGAUUUGAAAACUUACCUUGCAAAAAACUCUGACUGUACACGCUUACGAGCAUCAAUGGAAGGAUAUCUUGAUGCCUAUAAUCCUACUGUUUCUGUCAUGCCUGCUGGAAUUUUCGUCAAUCGAGUUGAGGAGCUGGAGUUUGAAUGUGUUCCGAAAUCCCUCAUGGAAGAAGUGCUCGCCUUUCUGAACGAUGUCAGGGAAGACCUUAGGUCCUCAAUGGCAAAGGAUUUGGUGACUAUCAAGAAUGAGAGUUUAAGAAGUGGUAAAGAUCAAAACUGUGUGGAUGUAUCUGCUAAUGAUAGCCAACAGAACUCGAUAAUUUCACAACAUAAGGAUGCGUUGUUGGAUUUCCAGAAAAAGAUCACUCUUUCUAAACAUGAGAAACAAGACAAUGAUAUUAAUUCCUUAUUGGGCCACAAGGAAAGUUACAGACAACUUGCAGAGAUUGAAAAGGAAGACCAGCUUCUUGAUCAUUUGUUGCAGUCUACAAGUCUAGCAAUGGAACAAGUUAGAACCAGUCGUCAACAAUGUAUUUUGGUAGCAUCACUGAUUGAUCGCAUACCUAACCUUGCCGGAUUAGCACGGACAUGUGAGGUGUUCAAGGCAUUAGGUUUAGCUGUGGCAGAUGCAAGCAUUUUAAAUGAUAAGCAGUUCCAACUCAUCAGUGUGACAGCUGACAAGUGGGUUCCUAUCAUUGAGGUCCCAGUGGAUAGCAUGAAGGUUUUCCUUGAGAAAAAGAAGAGAGAAGGCUACUCCAUUUUGGGACUGGAACAAACUGCAAAUAGCAUACAGCUUGAUCAUUACACAUUUCCUAAGAAGAUGGUACUUGUUCUUGGGCGUGAAAAGGAGGGAAUUCCUGUGGAUAUUAUACAUAUUCUAGAUGCUUGCAUUGAGAUCCCACAGUUAGGGGUAGUGAGAUCUCUCAAUGUACAUGUCAGUGGUGCCAUUGCUCUUUGGGAGUAUACUCGACAGCAGAGAUCUUGAUUACUAUACCAUUGAACACGAACUUGUCGUCUGUAGCACAGGUAGUCUUGCAGAUUGCCGAAGGCGGUGAGAGUACUGAAGGAGCUCAGCUCUCCUGUUAAUGAAUCUUUUACCUUUAGCACCAUGUCCACAAUGAAUUACCGCUCUUUUGAUGGUGUGAUGAACAUGGUGGUGGUGGUGGUGGUGAUGGUGAUGAUGAUUGGCUGCUAUUCUCCUCGGCUUCUCUACAUAUCGGGUCACUAUCACCGCAUUCCCUUUUCUGAUUGUUGCCUGCAAAUUAAAAUGAUCACCUUUGUGAAUUUAUGAGAGAGAGGGAGAGGGAGAGGGAGAUAGAAAGAGAGAGAUGAUAUUACCAUCGUAGUUUUGAACGUUGUGGAAAAAAGGGAAAGGAUAAGGAGCUAUGAUGUUGGAGAACAGAAAUGUAAAUUCUGAGAUUGAUUAUGGUUAGUGUAUAAAUGUAUGUAACAAGGUGGCCAAGAAGAUGCAAGUCCAACCUGAAAGGCCAAUACGCCCCUUUGGUUGCAACGAAACUUAUUAAUCCAUUGUUCAUUGUUCAACAAA